AUGAGGUUUCUUUGUCUUCACGGCUACGCCUUCAGCGUAGAGGUUCUCCAACAACAGAUGGAGCCCAUCACUGCUCAUCUGCCAAGUGACUGGGAUGCCACCAUAGUCAUCUCCAUUGUAUCCGAUGAUCUAACAAAACCAGCAAACCUCAAGCAAGUCCCCAAGCCCAACUACAGCUGGUACAACUUCCCCUAUCCCGAAGACGUCGAAGAGGCAUAUGAGCGUCUAGCCGCCUACGUUGAGUCCGAGGGUCCCUUCGAUGGCGUUUGGGGCUUCUCCCAAGGCGGUUCGAUGGCUGCCCUUCUUCUUCUCAUGCACCAAGCUGAGCACCCCGAUACACCAUACCCGUUCAAGAUGGCCAUCUUUACAUCAGCCUUUCUCCCCCACUCUUUUGACAAUGGCGUGAUCAGCUGGGAUCUCACAGAGAAGAACACCCUUGAGCCAACAUACCUCCCCGGACGAAUCGACGUCACUCACGGAAAGAAGCUGGACUGGAAGAAGGAUCUUCACACUUCGAUUGAGUAUGACAUGAUCAACGCUGUCAAGGAUGAGCUUGACUUCCCUGUUGAUCUUCUCCUUCGAUGGAGGCCGAGUGAUAUCCCCGAGAAGAUCCCAGUACCUUCUGUCCAUGUUCGCGGCUUGAAGGACCAUUAUUCCUUCGUUGAUGAGUCUGUGUACGAGUUGUUUGAUCCUGAGAUGGCGAGGAAGAUGACACAUCGGGGAGGACACAACUUCCCCAGGUAUAACGAGGAGUUGGUCCAUUUUGCAGAGUUGAUCAUUGAGACGGUUGUUUCACUUCACUGA